CAUUCAAUUACACCAGUUCAAUUUAUCCAACAAAUAACUGUUCCUCAAUCACGAACAACGGUGGAAUGUGUGCCACCAACUACAUCACAAGCAGAAUGGAUAGGUCUACAAAAACAACUGGAUAUAGGGGCUAACAUUCAUCCUAAUUUUUCUUUUUCUGUGAAGACUCCUUUGACCCAAUCUCGAACAAGGAAAAACCACUCGAUAAUGCUUACCUAUGAAUCGUCGCAAGAGGAACUCACAAAUGAAAAAUGGGCAUGGCGCAAGUAUGGUCAGAAGUAUAUCAAAGGUUCCCCAUUUCAAAGGAAUUACUAUAAGUGUAGCACAUCAAAACACUGUGAAGCAAAGAAACAAAUUGAGAAAAUCUCAAAGGAUGAGAACAUUUUCUUGGUAUCUUGUUCCGGUGAACACAAUCAUUAUCCACCCAUGAGCCGUAGAUAUCUUUCUAGCUGCAAAAAUAAUUCCAAAUUGAAGCUUCCAAAAGGCAUAAAUAUUUCACCCAAAGAGUCAAUCUUUAAUGCAUCAUCAUCCUCGUCCAAGCGCGUUAAGCAUUCAACAGAUGUUGCUUCUCCAAUUAUCGUAACUAAGCCUCCACUUGAAAUCGGGAGCAAAAAGAAAAUGGUUGUUGCGGUCGUGCAUAACAUAGGUGAUGGUGAAGAAAAGGUAGACAUGAACGAAGAUAUUUUCAUGGGUAUUGAUCAACUCUAAAUUGUUACUACUUCCACCUAACAGGAGGAAAAUGACAAGAGAAAUUAAUCUUUCUGCCCUCUCCACCAAGUUUCUAUGUCGACAUAUGUGGUCAUAUAGUCAUUCUUCUGUUUAAGGUUUUUAGUGUGGGAAGUCAAGAAUUAUAGUUUUAUAAUUUCCUAUGAUUAACUAUUUAAAUCAUAGAAAAAUGGAUCUCUUUUAGUUUCGUUAUUUUCUAUUGUUUUUCAAUUCUAGAAUCUAGUAUUUGUAGUAAGUUGUU